AUGUUCCUCCCCCUGCUCGUUCAUGUUCAAGCAGGGAAACCAGUCAGCCAGAGAAUAGAGGCGCCUGUUUUCUCUGGCUCUUCCGGCUCUGGUCGCACCUUCUGUUUCUGCAACAGUGUGACACACAGACGGUUCCUAGUGGACACCGGAGUCCAAAUCAGUGUUGUCCCUCCCCCUCUAUCCGACUGUUGUUUUCCCAGCUCUGGCCUUUAUCUCCAGGCCGUCAACUCUUCCACUAUUCUCACUUUUGGCAGCCUGUCCCUAACGCUAGACAUUGACCUUCGUAGGUCUUUCUUCGGGGUCUUUGUGGUUGCUGAUGUUCCUCAUGCAAUCCUCGGCUCGGACUUUCUGGCCAAAUUCGAUCUCCUUGUCGACUGCCGACGAUCCCGACUCCUCGACCGCACCACUGGUCUUUCUGUGCAUAGUUUAACUCCCUUCACUACCUUCAGCAACUUAUCUGUUCUAGAUACACGCACUGCCUGUCCUUAUCGGGGGCUGCUGCUUCAACACCCGAACCCGCAGUUUCGCAGUGGCGAGGUCCAGCAUGAUGUUGUGCAUUAUAUCCGCAUAUCGGGUCCUCCUGUGUUCGCUCAGCCUAGACGACAAGCGCCUGCCCGCCUGCAGGCCGCGAAGGCAGAGUUUGAGCAUGGGCUUCAACUGGGCAUUAUCCGACCGCCCGAAAGUCCUUAGGCGUCCCCUCUGCACGUGGUGUCCAAGGUGACAUCGGGUGACUGGAGACCCUGCGGCGAUUUUCGUGCCCUCAGUAAAUCCGUCAUUCCUGAUCUGCGCCCUGUGCCACACCUUUAGGACUUCACCAGAGCUCUUUUUGGCGAAAUGGUGUUCUGCUGCGUGCCUUUCAUCAGAUUCUCGUGGCCCCUGAGGAUAUCCCCAAGGCCGCCGUCGCUACACCUUACGGCCUCUUCGAAUUAAUUCGCAUUCUCUUCGGUCUUCAUAAUGCCACUCAAACGUUCCAGAUGUUCACUGACUAUGUCCUACGUGGCCUACCGUUUGUGUACACCCUCACUGAUGACCUCAUUGUGGCCAGCCAGAAUGCCGAAGAACACAAAGAGCACCUUGCCUUGGUGUUUUCCCGCCUCGGCACGUUUGGCGUUAUCAUCAGCUCCUCCAAGUGCGUGCUGGGUGUGCCUUCACUCGAAUUUCUGGGUCAUCAUGUCGACUCUGAAGGUUUGCGUCCCCUGUCCUCCAAGAUUGAAGCAGUUCGUAAUUUCCCUCCUCCAACUGCCAAGCGUCAGUUACAGCGAUUCCUCGGCAUGGUCAGUUUUUACCGCCGGUUCCUACCGAACUGUGCUGACCUCAUGCUGCCGCUCACCAACAUGCUUUCUGGUCCCAAAGACACCCUUAAACUGACUGAUGAAGCACUGACUGCUUUUAAGAGAAUCAGUAAUUCUCUUGCCGACGCCACCUUGCUCACGCAACCCGCUCCUGAAUCGCAGCUGCCUCCGAGGAUAGGUGCUUCGACCGUGACCGUAGGUGCAGUCCUUCAACAACAACUUGCUAGUUUGAAUCGACCGCUGGUAUUUUGAUCCCAAAAGCUCUUGCCGGCUGAGACCCGCUGCAGUACCUUUGACCGUGAACUGCUUGUCAGUUAUCUGGCUGUGAGGCAUUUACGGUAUUUCCUUGAAGGUCGUGACUUCGCUAUUUUCACAGACUACAAGCCGCUAACUUUUGCUCUUCGUUCCCACUCCGACAAGUACAAUUCGGGAGAGAUUGUCCACGUGAACUAUAUCUCCCAGUUCGACACAGACAUACGCCACAUAGAUGGCACGCAGAAUGAGGUGGCUGAUAUGCUGUCCGGGCCCUCACUAUCUUCCCUCCAACUCUCACACGGGGUCGACCUUGGCUUCAUGGCGGCUGAGCAAAAAGAGUCUGUUGUCCUGGCGACGAGUCCGUUUAUGGUCCCCAACUCAAAGAGGCUCUUCUGA